GUGCCCUAAAACUAGCAUGGAGGAGCCGGACGCUGUGCGCUUCGAUUCAGUUCCUCUCAGCCCACAGCCGCCGGGCAACAAGCGCCAUCCUCCUGCUGCUGCCGCGCCUUUGGAUAAUCUACCAUCGCCAGCGUCCGGUCGGGAGAGCUGGAAGAAUCCCCCCUCGCUCUCCAGGUUUAGUCCCGCCCUCUCUAGAAAUGUGUCGUCAUGGAAGAGCGAUCUCCAGGGGACGACCAGGAGCAGCAAGUGGAAGAAUGUGAGGGGCGCCGUCAAGGCUCUCACGCUCAUGCAGAAGAUCACCAGCUAUGGCAACCGGCAGACGAAGCGGCUGCUCCUUCUCAUCCUCCUCAAUGUCGCCUACUCCUCGCUGGAGCUCUUCAUUGGAUUGCUCACUGGUCGCAUUGGUCUUGUGUCGGAUGCUUUCCAUCUCACUUUCGGCUGUGGGAUGCUCACUUUCUCCUUGUUUGCGAUGGUCAUGGCCAAGCGGAAAGCUGACGACGAUUAUACUUACGGGCAUAAGAGAUUGGAAGUUCUAGCGGCCUUUACAAACACUCUUUUUUUGCUUUUUCUCGCAUUCUCUCUUGCCGUGGAAGCGUUGCAUGCUUUCGUUCAAGACGAGUCCGAGCAUAAGCACUACUUGAUCGUGUCAGCCGUAGCAAAUCUGUGCGUGAAUGCCAUGGGAGUAUGGUUCUUCCGAAACUACGCGCGGAUAAGUUUUGUUUACAGGAAAGCGGAAGACAUGAACAAUCACUCCAUCUGUCUCCACGUACUCUCUGAUUCUAUUCGAAGCACUGGUGUGAUCCUUGCAUCCUGGCUCUUGGCUCUUGGGGUGAAAAACGCAGAAACUCUUUGCUUGGGCAUUGUCUCGGUAGCAGUGUUUUUCCUGGCUCUACCUCUGUUCAACGCUUCUGGAGGAUUACUCUUGCAAAUGUCUCCUCCAGGGAUAUCUCCAUCGGCUUUUAGCAAAUGCCUGAGACAAGUGGGAUCACUUGAAGGCGUGCUAGAGUGUUAUCGUGCUCGUUUCUGGGAACUCGUCCCUGGCUUUGUCGUGGGGACGCUUCUCCUCGAGGUGAAAGAAGGCAGCGACGAGCAAGCCAUUCUAAAACACGCCCACAGCGUCUACAAUGACAUUGGCGUGAGGGACUUGACAGUGGAAUUGCAGACGAGAGCGCUAUCAACGUAGAAAAGAACGGCAAAAGCCAUUCGUAGGCAAAAAGAAAGACACUUGAGCUAGAGAUUUCUCC